AUGCUGCCGAUUGCCUUUUUGGCCAUUCUUAUCACCACCGACUAUCUUGCCGCGGCAACCGAGAUAGUAUCGAGCACACAACGUCACCUUACCAUCUAUACUCUCACUCCUGAUCUGGUCUGUUCGCCUGAGAUGAUGCUCUACAACUUCACUCAUAGUGUUACUGCGACUGUGCGCUACGCUAAUACGCUGCUGUCAGUAAAGAAUGCUGUAUGUUUUCUCGGCACUUCACGCUCUCGAUGGGUGCCUGGCUGUUCAAUGCAGGAGGGCUCAAGGGCAGGCAUAAUAUGCAAAUUGCUACAAAAUUUGCAGCAAGCAGCGCUAAAUUCUACUGGAUUCAGCGCAUUUCUGGGGCCCCCACUGGACAGCGACUGCAAUUCGGUUAGAGAGUGGAUUCGACUCGGAUACCAGGAAGGAUCACAGCGAGUUCAGCUCUACCAAAUCUCAUACCAUUGUCGAAUAUUUGACUCCUUUGCCUGGUUUGUUAACCACUUUACCGACAGUAGAUGCGACUCACUCGGACCACCCAUCUCCGCGGUCUCCGUUGUAGUUCAACGCAAACUCAUUCUGCAGGGCAUUAUUGUCUAUCUCCUCAGUAUGGGCUGGAAACGCGUCGCUCUCCUCUACGACAUAAGUAUCACCAACCUUGAUAUUCCUGGAACGUGGGAUUCAAUCCCAUUAAACAUUCGCCUCUCUCGCAAAAGACAAAAUGUUCCCCAGCUGCUGACUAGUGUUCCCAUUAAGUUAGCGGCUAACUUUUUGAGUUCCUUCCAACCACUGGAAGACCAUAUAGACGUUGCAUUGAUAUUAGCAAGGCCAGCAAUGGCAAUGGAAUUCUUGGCUAGCAUUCAGAACCUGAGCAGAGUUAAACAGGGCAGGAUAGCACUCAUUCAAGUGAAUCCCAAGGACAUACUCACAUAUGAUGCAUUGCGCGAGUGGAGAUGGCGUUUGCCGAAAAUUGGACCUACGUUGGCCGCCGGCCGUUCGCUCAUCAUUUUGACGGCACUCCCAAAGGGCACAGCGUACGACGAAAAUUCGAUCAUAUUUAAGGAGCGAAUAAAUCUGCAGGUAGCCAGUGGAGCGGCGCUUGCAAUGAGAUUAGUCCAAAUUCAUCUCCAAGAGGGCGACGGCCAUCUCAACUCUUCCGCCAAUCUCUUUGAGCCAUUGCGUACUAACCCACUUGUUCGUGUGCCUGCAUUGCCCAACGUCACUUUUCAAUACCGUUUCGGGGACGACAAUGUCAUUCAGGGCAGUUUUGAUUUCCUUCUUUUUGCCCUCAAAGCCAACGUCACCGAUGCUGCUGACACUAAGCUUCCCAUAACGAAUUAUAACGACAUUUUUGAUCUCGUUCACGUCAUCCAUUUUCCACCGAUACUGCCUCAACCAAGGCGCAAAAUGAGUUGGCCUGGAGAUGGAACGGGGCCCCAUCGCACUCAAUGUCUAAUAGCGCCUUGUGAUAUCGUUCUAAACCAUCGAGGAUUUCAAUUUAGGCAGAUCGUCAACAGGAAGAAACGCUUCAUCCCACUCAAACUCAUUUUCCUCGAAAGCGAUUUCGUGUAUGAUGGAAGGGGAGGAGGACUGGCAGAUGAUGGCUGCAAAGGCGUAAGGGUGUUUUGCAGACCUAUGCAGCGAUGGAAUGAGUUUGGUUCCAUAUUUCUUUGCCCUCCACUUUAUUGGCGUUGCAGUCCCCCAAAAGAGCACAGUUUCAUGGGCAACUGGUACCGACUUCGGGUGGAAUCUCUCCACGCCAUACACUUACGACAGUUGCCCAUGUCCACAAGUCGUCGUCGAGUUUUGGGCGAGGAAGGUGUCCAAGUCCGCAUGAAACGAUUGCUUCUGUCUCACGUUGUGCUGCGUGCGCAGUUGAUUGAGCAUCUAGCAGGACUGCGAGAAAUUAGGCACGAGAACGUCAACGCUUUUCUGGGCUGCUGUGUGACUUCGGAAGCCUUCAAUCUUGUUUUUGAGCACUGUCACUGGGGAUGCUUGCAGGAUGUUAUCGCUAGAAAAAGCAUUGUGUUCGAUCGGCAACUCAAGCUCUCCUUCAUGACUGAUUUGGCUCGGGGGAUGGAAUAUCUCCACAGUACCAGGCUUAAAGCACAUGGAAGGCUAAAAUCUACCAAUUGCGUCGUCAGUUGGCGAUGGACUUUAAAGGUUACCGAUUUUGGCAUUCCCGAAAUUUACCACCUAAAUGGCGACCGUCCCUCCAUAGGGCCAGAAGAGCAACUAUGGACGUCGCCUGAACUGCUGCGUGAUGUAGAAGCGGCUCCUUUUGGAACCAAGCCGGGCGAUGUCUAUGCAUUUGCCAUAAUAAUGCACGAAGUCUUCUGCCAAACAUCACCUUAUGGACCCGAUUAUUUUUCGGCCUCAGAAAUUCUUGAGCGUGUUAUGGCCCAAGAGUGUCCUCCUUUUCGUCCACAACUCCCUAAAACAGGCAUUCCAUCGGCUGUGACAGGCAUUCUUCAAAGAGCAUGGUCCGAAAACCCUACUCUAAGACCAACUUUUAAGAAGCUGAAUGGAGAGAUUCAACAAAUGACUAGAGGACACAAAACGAAUAUUGUGGAGCACGUGCUGAAAUUGAUGGAGAACUACUCGAGUUGCUUGGAAGAGCAGGUGACGGCCCGAGUGGAAGAAUUGUCGACAGAGCAAAGGAGGAAGGAUCUCCUCAUUCGCCGUAUGCUGCCUCCAGUUGUUGCGGAGGCGCUAAAAUCAGGCAUUGCUGUGGUACCUGAGAUCUUCGAUGAGGUGUCAAUCUACAUUAGCGACAUCGUUGGAUUCACAACCAUUUCUGCAAUGUCCACACCAAUCCAGGUUGUUGAUAUGCUGAAUGAUUUGUACACACGGUUCGACGAAACAAUCGCAAACUACGAUGUCUACAAGGUGGAGACGAUAGGCGACGCCUACAUGGUGGCUUCGGGAUUGCCAGUUCGUAAUGGACGCCGACAUGCCAGCGAAAUUGCUACAAUGGCUCUCGACCUUCUGAGUGUUUGCGGGGCUUUUACCAUUAAGCACCUGCCAGAAGUUCCUCUGACACUACGCAUCGGUCUACACAGUGGGCCCUGCGUGGCGGGUGUCGUGGGAUUCGCGAUGCCCCGAUAUUGUCUUUUUGGUGCUACCGUUAAUCAAGCACUUAAAAUGGAGUCUUCUGGAGCCGCCUUUAGAAUACAUAUCAGUGCAACAAUGAAGGACAUCUUAGAUCAAAUCGGGGGCUAUCAUUUCGCUUAUCGUGGAUCAAUUGAAUUCGAAGGUGGCGUGAAAACAACAAGCUACUGGCUAUCUGGCAGCGAUAAUUUUCGUAAGCCUCUACCCAAACCACCUCCAUUACCGACGUGA